AUGGCUGGGAGUGGAUAUACGGACCUACGAGAGAAACUCAAAUCGAUGAUGCCUUACCGAGACAACUACAAGAGCAGCAGCAGAAGCAAGAGCAGGCGGGAUCCUGCUGAAGCCCCCUAUGGAGCUGGGGGGGGAGCUCCCGAACGCAAGCGCAAGCACCACGACUCCGACUCCGAGCCCACCGACUCCGAGGAACCCUCACGGGAGGAGGAAGAGGAAGAGGAGGCCCGGAAGGUCAAAAGCGGCAUCCGGCAGCUGCGCUUGUUCAGCCCCGAGGAAUGCGUCAAAAUUGAAGCGCGCAUUGAUGAUGUGGUCUCCCGGGCCGAGAAGGGCCUCUAUAAAGAGCACACGGUGGAUAGGGCCCCACUCCGGAAUAAGUACUUCUUUGGGGAGGGCUACACCUAUGGGUCUCAGUUGCAAAGGCGAGGCCCCGGGCAGGAGCGACUGUACCCACGGGGGGAAGUGGAUACCAUUCCUGAGUGGGUUCAUGACCUUGUCAUCCGUAAGCUGGUGGAACACCGGGUCAUCCCCGAGGGCUUUGUGAACAGUGCGGUGAUCAAUGAUUACCAGCCAGGGGGCUGCAUCGUCUCCCACGUGGACCCCAUCCACAUCUUCGAGAGGCCAAUUGUGUCGGUGUCCUUCUUCAGUGACUCAGCACUUUGCUUCGGCUGCAAGUUCCAGUUCAAGCCCAUCCGGGUCUCCGAGCCGGUCUUCUUCCUGCCCGUGCGAAGGGGGAGUGUCACUGUACUCAGUGGCUACGCAGCUGACGAAAUUACACACUGCAUUCGACCACAGGAUAUCAAGGAGAGGAGAGCCGUGAUCAUCCUUCGGAAAACCAGAGUAGACGCCCCCCGGCUGGAGACCCGAUCGCUGAGUAGCUCUGUGUUGGUCCCUGGCUAUGCUUCGGACCGCCUGUCGGGGAGCAAUCGGGACCCCAUCCUGAAGCCAAAGAGGUCCCAUCGCAAAGCAGACCCCGAUGCAGCCCACCGACCUCGGAUUUUAGAGAUGGAUAAAGAGGAGAACCGGCGCUCGGUCCUCUUGCCGAAACACCGGAGGCGGAGUCACUUCAGCUCUGAGAACUAUUGGAGAAAGUCUUACGAGUACACAGAAGACUUUGAGGAAGAGGAGGACGAGGAGGAGGACGAGGGGAGUCCAACACGGAAAGUGAAAAUGAGGCGGCAUUGA